CGCAACCCAGAAUCCGAUACUCCUCUAAGAAGAGAGACAAGGGAGAAGAGAGGCCAGGAAAGCUUCUUCCCUGCUUACGAAAAAAAAAAAAAAAAAAAAAAACUACACUGCCUACAGAAAAGAAAAUCUAAACUCCCCGUCUUCCAAACAAAAAAAAAAAAUUAAAAAAAAUACACUGCCUACAGAAAAAAAGUCUCUCUUCCCCUUCGUCCUCAAAGCAGCGUGUUUGUCAGCUUCCACCUUCCGGAAUGUGAGAGAGAGAGCGAGAGAGAGAGAACGAGAGAGAGAGAGAGAGAGAGAGAGAGAGAGAGAGAGAGAGAGAGAGAGAGAGAGAGAGAGAAAGAGAGAGAAAGAGAAAGAGAGAGAGGGAGACGAGGCAAGGGGAGGGAGGAGUGGAGGGACGAGGGGAGAGGGAGGAACACGAUUCCGCCGUAAGCUUCUAUCGUACACUACGAUUAAAAAAGGGGGUUGCGAUUCAUAAAGAAAGGCCCGAUUUUCUUGAAAUUUCCUUUCAGCCUCUAAUUCUUCACUCGAAACAAACGGGCAAAAAAAAACAAAGGAAAGCAAUAAAAUGAAGCGUACAUACGAGACAUACUCUCUUUGACGUCACGCCUCAACCGCUCACAUUCUCUCUCUCUCUCUCUCUCUCUCUCUCUCUCUCUCUCUCUCUCUCUCUCAAAGAGGGUGAACGCGAACCCCGCAGAGCACGACACGGUUUGAAAACCAAGGCAGAGCGCGCAAGAACAUGCUCUCUUUCUCUCUCUCUCUCUCUCUCUCUCUCUCACCCACACACACACCCACACACACAGAGUGGGUGAAUGCGAACCCCGCAGAGCACGACACCGUUUGAAAACCGAGGCAGAGCGCGCAGGAAAAAGCGAGCGAGAGGCACCCCAGCAACCGAGCGGUGAACGCCCACAGCACGAGACGAGACCGUUAGACAAACCGACGCAGAGCCCACAGCAAAAACCGAACCAACGCCCACGUCUGCCCCGAGCAAAGAACACCCACAGCACGAUUAACCGCCUGUUCCCUCGAAGCACAGUACUGCUCUUACCGCGGUAAAGAGGCUUUUUUUUUUUCUUUUUUACAAAGUAAGACCCGUUUAAUUCAGCCGCGCUAAGAGCUUUUUUUUUUUUAACAAAGUAAAAAAGCAGUUUAAUUUGGGCCUGUACCGGUAUCGAAAGCACCAGGCCAAAAAUUUCGAAAAAGACGUUUGCGGAAUCGAGAGCUUUGGAAGCCGCGCGUUGCUUCGUCCACACGUAGCCUCGUGUGUGACCACACCCUUAGCCAGCGAGCGAUGGAAGCCCAGGCCCCCAGCCAGCGAGCGAUGGGCGCCGGUAGCACGACAAACGGUUAAAAAACAGGGGCAGAGGCCACAGCAAAAGCCGAGCCUGACGAACGGGUACACACACAUGGAGUGUUGAAAUAAAGACCCCUACCUACUUCGAAUCCAGAUGCGACCAGAUGAACAGAAUAAGAUCAUUCUUGGGAUAUAAAAGGAAAUGAAGAAACCCCCAAAAAAGAGGAGCAGCCUGGCUCAGAGCCCGCGCCAGCCGGAGCCAUGAACGCCCACCGCGGCACGACACGGUAGAAUCGAUCGAUUUUCAAGGAAUAAUCAGGACGUGAUUGCGGUCAGGUUCAUUCCAAGUCGUUCCGUAAUUGCAGCCAAGCACAUUCAUAAAAGUGCUCGUACGUAUGAGACAUCAGCGUCUGUUUGCGUGUUUAGACGAGAUCGUGACACGUGUACAUGCCACGACAAAGAUCCAACGACGUGGCAAUACCGACCGAUCUCAUGUCCCAACGGUCCCAAUGAACCGAGAUUCAAUUUCCCAACCCAAACAGGAAACGCAAUGGAUUCAUCAGAAAAAUCUCAUCUUUUCCUCUUUUAUCGCGUCUUGCCCGCAGUGACACACCACAGGAUCGUUCAGAAUGUAUGUAUACAGGCUCUAAUCCCGGCUAAGACGGUCAAAAUGUAUGUAUACAGGCUCUAAUCCCGGCUAAGUUCCGUCACGUUCAGAAUGUAUGUAUACAGGCUCUAAUGCCGGCUAAGUUCCGUCAUGAGUGGUGAGAAUAGACUACUACUUACAUGGUAAACAAACCCGGCGAGCAGCGAACACCACGCCUCGUCGGUUAUGUAUUAGAUAUACAUAUAGAUAUGUAUAUAUAUUGUCACACUGGAAAUCAGAGCGCAAAGGCGGAAAAAGACAAAACAAGAAAAAGAAAAAGAAGGAAAGCCCCACCUGUUCGUAUAUAUUGUCACAAGAAUAUCAGAGCUAUAUAUCGUCAAAUAGUCAAACAGAGCUGCCCUACGGUAAACAGUAGGCAGAGAGGGAGGGAGAAGAGGACAAGAAACGAGGGAGGGGCUGUGACAAACUGUUUCGUCGUCGGAGUUUCACCGACUCAUCUCCUGGCUGAACCCUAUAUAUAAUAUAAUAUAUAUCGUCACAAACAGAACUGCCCGGUAAACCGUAGGCAGAGAGAGAGAAGAGGACAACAAACGAGGGGCUCUAUAUGUAUAUAUGUCGGUUGUUCCACAGUGAAAGGGCAUACUCACUCUAGGACUUUUCCUAGGGAUUUCUGCACGUAAUUGCGGUCAGAUUCAUCUAAUCGACGUGCUUUAAUUGCGGUCAAAUACAUCUACGAAAAGGGCCGUGAUCGGGGUCAGAUGCAUCCAGGAAAGUCAAGAAAAGUCUCAACUCCGAGUAUGCAUGCUCUUAAGGUUGUCUCUGAAACGAAAAUUUCGUUUAGGAAUAUUCCCUCGCAGGUCCACUCUCCGCACGCACCAAUUCAGAUCUCCCUCCAUUUCUGGAACGGAAUCGUGUCUAUAUUCAAAGGACUUUUUUUUUUUCCCCCCCUUUCCUUUCUUGCUUCAUUCAUAAAAUCAAGAUCAUUUUCAGGA